AUGAAGAAAGCCGUCAAAGCCAUCUAUAAUGGAGCCAAUGUAAACGUGCAUUUUGUACUCUUGACAGACUUAUCGGACAAAUCUCUGUUACUCGUGUAUUUGUCGAAAGCAUUGGAGAGAUUGGGAGCCAAUGCGAUGACCAAAGAUCAGGAGCCGGACAUCGGAUCCGCUUUUAUUAAGUUCUCGAUUGUAACCAAAGAACUGUCAGCUCUUCUCAAGGCAAAGAUGCAAAACCUGCACAAUAUAGUGAUGUUCCCAUUGGAUAACGUGCUGAAAGGGGAUCUGAAGGGAGUGAAGGGCGACAUAAAGAAGCCGUUCGACAAGGCCUGGAAGGACUACGACUCGAAGAUCACUAAAAUAGAGAAGGAGAAGAAGGCUCAGGCAAAAGAGGCCGGACUUAUCAGGACUGAUCCAUACAAGAGUUGUAUUAAUAGUCAAAUAUGCAAAACCUGCACAAUAUAGUGAUGUUCCCAUUGGAUAACGUGCUGAAAGGGGACCUGAAGGGAGUGAAGGGCGACAUAAAGAAGCCGUUCGACAAGGCCUGGAAGGACUACGACUCGAAGAUCACUAAAAUAGAGAAGGAGAAGAAGGCUCAGGCAAAAGAGGCCGGACUUAUCAGGACUGAGAUCAGUGGCGCUGAGAUCGCGGAGGAGAUGGACAGAGAGAGGAAGUUAUUUCAGUUGCAAAUGUGUGAGUAUUUGAUUAAAGUGAACGAAAUUAAGACCAAAAAGGGGGUCGAACUGCUCGAACAUCUGGUCGAGUACUACAACUCGCAGACCAACUACUUUCGGGACGGACUCAAGACUAUCGAACACUUCAACGGAUAUAUCAACGACUUGUCGACUAAACUGCAGAAAAUUCGCGUCAAACAAGAGAGCGAACGAAAAGAUUUGUUAGAAUUGCGAACUCUGUUGAAGAGCUCAUCCAAUUUGGGGGAUAACCCGAAGGACCUGAACUCGACGGUCAACAGUGUGUCCGGCAAUGAGCGUAAGGACGGCUCUAAUCUCAUGGGUUAUAGUUUGCAUCAAAUGCAGGGAAACAAAACGUACGGCUUUUCAAAAGCGGGUCAUUUGCUGAAGAAGUCUGAGGGGAAGAUGCGGGUGAAGGUGUGGCAAAAGCGCAAGUGUGAAGUCAGGGAUGGCUUCCUGUAUAUCUACCAUUCGGACGAAUCCAAGUCCCCCACAAAACUCAAUCUCUUGACCGUUCAAAUCAAAGCAGUUCCCGAAGACAAGAAGUCGUUUGACUUAAUAUCCUAUAACAGGACGUAUCACUUCCAGACCGAGGAUGAGACCGAGACUGAGGCGUGGACUGCAGUACUCGUCAACUGCAAAGAGGGCGCCCUUAAGAAGGAGUUCGAUAACAACAACCAGUCGUCGGCCACAAGUGACCAAAACCAUCAAAGUUAUGAGAAUCAAAGUCUUAGAGAAUUACAACAAUCUAUUAUACAUGAAGUGCAACGACUGGCCGGCAAUGACCGGUGCGUUGACUGCAACUCUACCAAAGACCCGACGUGGCUGUCCACCAACUUUGGAGUCCUAACUUGCAUCGAGUGUUCGGGAAUACACCGGGAUAUGGGAGUCCAUGUCUCCCGAAUCCAAUCACUCACUCUCGACAACAUCGGAACCUCUCAACUGCUUUUGGCGCGAGUCAUGAGUAACGCCGGCUUUAAUGACAUAAUGGAGGCCACACUCAACCCGACGCUGAAGCCCACGGCCACCAGUUCUAUGGAUGUGCGCAAUGAAUACAUUCGUAACAAAUAUAAGGACAGGAAAUACAUAAUCAAGUCGUGUAGGGAUGAGUCGGAACUGCGCUCUGAACUGGAAGACGCCGUCUUUUCGCGACAUUUGCAUCAACUCUUGCAAGCCUUCGCUGAGGGCGCGGACCUGACCUGCGUUUUGCCCGUCAGUACCAACGAUGAGACGAGCCUUCACUACGCGAUAGCACAGGAGGACGGCAUGUCUCUACAUAUCGUCGAUUUCCUCAUUCAGAACAGUCUCAACCUAAACAAAGUGGACGCUCAGGGAAACACUGGUCUCCACUACUGUGUGCUCUACGAUAAGAGCGAAUGCAUGAAACUAUUGCUUCGGUCUAAGGCUGACAUCACUAUCAAGAAUAACGAUCGCAAGACACCACUCGAUUUGGCCAAAGAAAGAGAUAAUCACCGACUCAUUGAAUUGUUGGAGGGCGCGGCCCUCAAUAAGAAGAGUUUGUUUGAAAAUGUAUUUCUCGACAGAAGUCUACAUCCAUCUGAAGACCCGUCGACUGAUUUCAGUGACGAAGAUCUCACUGAAGAUAAGUUAAUUAAAUCUGGAAUACAUUCGUCUGAUUGGUUAGUGAACGGCACUAAUCAGUACACUAAUGGCGCUCCACUUUCGCGCCAUUCAUACAAACACUAUAUGUCUUCUGAGGAUAACUAUAGAAAUCUCUAUUCUUAUGAACGCUUACCCUUUUCUUCGCAAAAUGCGAGCCAUUCUGUGCAUCCCUUGCCGGUGGAGAGGCGGUCGCGACCGUCGAGUGUUGUGGGCAGUGAAUCGCCGUCAAGUAAAUCGAGUGAUAGCUUCAAACACCCGAACGUCAAGACAGUGAACACAAUAACCGCUCAAUUGAGGAGUAGUCUGAAGAAGCGUUCGGCACCCGUUCCUCCCCAUAAAGACGACGACAGCAGCGGUAGUAAUAGCAGUACUUUAGCCAAAGACCACAACCGCACGUCGUCCGACACCUCAGGACUAGUAUUUAAAUCUAUGGCUCAAAACCAUUGGCGCAACUGUUCUGUUGAUUACACCAAUGAUAACAACGCCUACGAAAGCAAAUCCAUUUCGCACAUCAAAACAAACCCGCAAUCAGUUUCUGUAUUCGUUUCCGACAGUAAAAGCCCUCAAUUGUAUGCCACUGUUCACAGACCCCGGGGCGCACCCCCUCCAGCGCCUGAAACCAAUAGAUUAAGCAAUGGACAGUCGAUGGAGAGCUUGCCUUCACUUUCAUCCGAACUCGAAGACACCGGCAAUCGUUCGCAUGGAAUCCCAGUUCCUCCGCCUCGAAAGAAAAACGACGGCUUAAGACACAGGCGAUGGUUAGCUCUCUUUGACUGCGAACCCGACAGAGAGGAUGAGUUAGCCUUCAGAGAGGGAGAGGUUAUCGUUGAGAUCAAUGAUGUGACCGCAGACCAGGAUUGGAUGGAAGGCAUCAUCGAAGGCGACCCCCAAAGAAGGGGUGUAUUUCCUCUGAGUUAUGUUCGUCUCCUAAAUAACUAAAAGUUUUCGUUUAUAUGUAUUUAUCGUUAAAUCAUUUAUUCAUACAAUUAGUGAUUACUUCAAAACAUUACAAACUAUGCAAUAAUUUGGUAUUUCCUCAGAUUCUAGUCAUACGUUAAUUCGUUUCAAGCAAUCAUUCCUUCAAAUCUAUUAUCUGUUGUUUAGUUUUUAUUAAACUAAUACUCAUUAUUAUGCGAUCCUUUUCUACGAUUAGACACAAAACAC